AGGACACGCUACAGCAGUCGGUGUGCAGAGCAGCUCUAUUGAACUCUUUAAACUAAGGAUCAGGACUGAAGGACUGCCAGUCUAGAUGUAGUGCAAAGGGCAUUGAGUUCAUAAAGCAUCAAGCAGAAGGAGCAGCAGUGAAGUGGCUCCCCCCUCAGGCCGGUCAGUAGAAGUGCUGCAUGGCCACAGACCCAAUACACUGGAGCACGCAUGAGCACAGCUGGAAGGUGAAGACACAAUCAAGCAGCAACACACAUGACAUGGAGGUCAAAGCUCACCUAAUCACCGGGCCUGAGCCACACAACUCGAUGGACAGUAAGCAUCGUGCUGAACGGAUGGUGGACCUGCAAGAAAGACGGAGAAGUCUUCAGGCUUUACUGAGCACCCAGCUGGCCGAACUCAGACGUGUGUGUCUGCAGGAGGCGGAGCUGACUGGAGUGCUUCCAAACGAGUUUCCUACCGAGGCAGGUGAAAAACCUCCCCAUGUACGACACAGAGUCGGUUCAUCUCGCAGUGCCUCCAAACCUAAUCUAAGAAGCGAGGAGGAAGACGCAGCUCAGCGGAAAUUGAAGAAAACCCUGUUUAGCAGCACCCUCCGCAGGCACACAGAUGUCGACCAACAACUGUGUCAGGGCAAGAGGACGACCGUUCACAGAGGAUGUCAUACAGACAAUGCAGUGAGGUUAGACAGCAGCUCCAUGUCUGACUCCACCAGUCAGGAGAACGAGGAGCUCUCUGAUGGUCCAUCUCCCUCUUGUCCCUGGGCAAACCCGGGGAGCCCAGACGGCAGGUUCUGUAGGAAACUUUCCCCUGUAGAGAUCUACUAUGAGAUGAGAGCACGACGCAACUCUGUGUCCAGCUCAGCCAGCCCGAGUCGAACUCUGCCACGGAGUGUGUCGAAUCUAGAGGGCAGAAGCGUCCCUGCUACGCCCCAGUUGACCCGGAAUGGGGUGCACAUCAGGUCUGAAUCCUCCAGUGGCACCUUUGCUGCAAAGCAGCGGUCAGACAAUCCCGAGAUGUCUCAAGCAGUGCCCGUUCUGUCUCAGGAUGAUUCAUCCUCUGGGUCUUUCGAACCCGGCGGCUGUCCCUACAGUACCCAAACACGUCGCAGCAACAGCUCUGAUGCUCUGUUGGACAGGACAGUGGAGGACGGAGGACAGUUGUCAGGCCAUGGGGUUCGAAACGGGUCCCACAAGAGCUCAGAGGUGCUGGUGGAUGGCCGUGUGAGGCAAGUAAACGGGCAUGCGGAGGUGACACGCGUGCGCUCCGUAUCAGGUGGCCGUGGUACAAACAGUUCCAAUGCAGGCUACAGUGAUGUCCUGCUUGACUACAUGUGGACGAAGCAGCAGAAGAUGCACAGCCAACAGCAGCAGAGACUGCAGGCUCAGAACAGUAUUAAACCCAGAGUCUGGCAGGAAGCACCCUCAGUGGCUCCUCCACCUUACAUCAAUGGCUUCCCUUCCUCCCAGGCUCUGAUUAUAGGUCCACCAGCGUACAGUCCAAUGAUGCUGCGAGGCAAACCGGGCGAGCCCCGGCGAGUCAAGGUGAGCCGUACCAAAUCCUGCGGACCGUUUAUUCCUGUCCAGCAUCACCAGCAAGGAUACACAGAAAUGCCUCUUUCUAAUGGGCAUGCAGGCAUGGCGCAGUUUCAGUCCCGACACAAAGCUCAAAACUAUAGCACAGACUCGACGCCUGGCUCCGCUCAACAAGACGAACCCACACGCCACCUGCACAAGGCUUUGGCUCUUGAAGGCUUGAGGGAUUGGUAUAUGCGCAAUGCAUUGGGGCAGAGUGGCACCAUCUGCACAGGGAAAGGCCAGGAGGGGGCGCAAUCUCAGCGCAGACGAACCACAGCCUUACUGCAGACAUCACACGCACAUCCUCCACUUAAACACCAGUCCCAGUCAUUCCAGGGAGACACCGGAUACACACAUCUGCCCCAAUCUGCUACCUUCCAUGGACAUCCACUACACGGGAUGUCUGUGGAUCUGACUUCAUAUCAAGAAACCUUCUCGUCUAAAAUGCAGGAGAUGACACUAAAAGAAAUGAAUGAUGACAGACCUAGCCCUGGCACACUGGUCUGACACGAACACACACAAGCAUCAAGGACUGCAAAAACAUCUGCUGUGUGAAAUGAGUAUGAAUGUAUAAAAUCUAAUGAAAUGUUGUAAACAAACAAGAAACAGUUUUAUAAAACGAGAAACUGAAA